AUGAGCAGUUUCGCAAAUAUUUUUUUGCCAGGUUUUGACUCCACUGCAUCCCGCCCCACGAACAGUGACGAAAACACGAAGCUGAAUUUGGAAUUUAAGAAAUCGUCUGACGCCACUUGGCAUCUUCCCGCCAAGCGUUCCAGGCGACUGUCAGAUUCAAAAGCGACCUACUUCCAGGGUUACAUUUUCAAGUGUGACUUCAAGGGCUGUGCAGCUAGUGUCGAGCCGAAGCCUCUUAAAGUGUCGAGAUCUUAUAACGAGGACAUGGCGGCGGCGGAUGCAGUAGCGGAGGCUGUGAGCGGGCUUUGGCCGCUCAACGAGGGCUCGCGAGCGAAGAUCGUGGAUCGCAUCAGCACCAACCUCGUCAGCAUAUGCUUCUCUAAGGACAAGGCGCAGCGCGUGGACGAUGGGGUCGCGCGCAGCCUGGCGGAGAGCAUCGAGGCGGAGGCGUUCGCGGCGACGCAGGCGCGCGCGCAGGAGGGGGGCGCGGCGGUGAAGGGCAGCGCGCUGGUGAUGAUGUACGCGCGGCACGCCAGUGAGCUCAUGGUGGAUGCUUUCAAGAAGGAGCGCAAGAAAGGGGGAGCUGCGGAGGAGGUGGUUGAAGAGUUUGACAUCUCUGGCGGCAAGAGGGAGGCCUUGAGCAAGGAAGCAGCGGAGAAGCUUCUCGCCCCCCUGCUCAAGCCCAACAACGGCUGCAAGAAGGUGAAGCUCAACAGCAAGGCGUUCACGCUGGAGGCUGCUGAGGUGGCGCACCAGGCGCUGACCAACGCGCGGGACACGCUGACGCAUGCUGACCUCAGUGACAUCAUUGCCAGCCUACCGGAGGAGGAGGCACUGCAGGUGAUCACGAGGGUCACAUCGGCGCUGGAGGGGUGCAAGCUCGAGUCACUCAACCUCUCAGACAACGCGUUUGGGGAGAAGGGUGUUCGAGCUGCUGCUGUCGCGCUCACCUCUCAGCCAUCCCUGCGCCACCUCUAUUUCUGCAACAACGGCAUCAGCAAGGAGGCAGCGGCGGCCAUCAGGGAGCUGCUUCCUGCCCAGGCUGUGGCGUCUCUUGAGACUCUCCAUUUCUUCAACAACAUGUCAGGUGAUCCGGGGGCAGCUAUUCUGGCAGAUGUGGUGAGGGAGGCGAGGGGGCUCAAGGACCUUCGAUUCGCGUCCACUCGCGUGGGGACAGAUGGCGCUAGGGCACUGGCGGACGCCAUUGCUGCCAACUCGACCCUGGAGCGCCUGGACCUGAGAGACAACAUGUUCGGCCCCGAGGGGGGCGCUGCUUUGGCAUCGGCCCUGCAGCACCACCCCAACCUGAAGCAGCUCAUGCUGGGGGACACUGCGCUAGGCGAUGACGGGGUGGCGGAGCUCCUGGACAGCCUCGCCCAGUCCACUCCCCAACUCGAGGUGUUGGAGCUGGGCGGCAACGAGCUGUCGGAGGAGGGCGCGGGGCGCGUGGCGGAGAGCCUCAAGCCGUUCAGUGCGCUGAGAAAGCUGGUGAUGUGCGACAAUGAGAUGGGGGAUGCUGGAGUCGAGACGCUGGUGGCCAUUAUUCCAGAUCACUUGCGGUCCCUGGAAGAGCUGGAUCUCUCCACCAAUGAUUUCGGCCGAAAGGGUGCGGAAGCUGCUGCCCGGGCAGUCAAAGAUUUGGAGUCGUUCAAGCUGCUCACCAUCAAUGGCAACCACAUCUCCGCUGAUGGAAUCCGGGCAGUUAAAGAAAUUCUGGGCGUUCCAAUCGAGGAUGGGGAGGAGAUGGAUGGUGGCAAGGGUUUUCUUGUUUGCCGAUCCCUCCCUCCCUCCCGUCAUCACUUCUCCUCCCCUACCCACCACCUGUUGCCUCACCCUCCCAUCCCACCCACCUCGUCAUCGGCUCUCCCUCCCACCUUCCCAUCGCUGCUCCCUUCCACCCCGCUAUCCACUUUCCAUUCCACCUCGCCAUCCCCUCUCCCUCCCACCCGCUGUCGCCGCUCCCUCCCUCCCGCCGUCGCCUCUCCGUUCCUCCCGCCGUCGCCUCUCCCUCCUCCCCGCCGUCGCCGCUCCCUCCCUCCCGCCGUCGCCGCUCCCUCCCUCCCGCCGUCGCCUCUCCGUUCCUCCCGCCGUCGCCUCUCCGUUCCUCCCGCCGUCGCCUCUCCCUCCUCCCCGCCGUCGCCUCUCCCUCCUCCCCGCCGUCGCCGCUCCCUCCCUCCCGCCGUCGCGUCUCUGUUUCUCCCGCCGUCGCCUCUCCCUCCUCCCCGCCGUCGCUUCUCGCUCCUCCCGCCGUCGCCUCUCCCUCUUCCCCGCCGUCGCCUCUCCCUCCCUCCCGCCGUCGCCUCUCCCUCCCUCCCACCUUCGCCUCUCCCUCCUCCCCGCCAUCGCCGCUCCCUCCCUCCCGCCGUCGCCUCUCCGUUCCUCCCGCCGUCGCCUCUCCCUCCUCCCCGCCGUCGCCUCUCCCUCCUCUCCGCCGUCGCCUCUCACUCCUCCCCGCCGUCGCCCCUCCCUCCUACCCCGUAG